AUGGAAGAUUAUUCAAGUAUCGGUGAGCCUUCACCAAGCUACUCAAACUCAAUUUCUAACCCAGAUCCUUUUAGCUUAUACAGCAAAAUCCAAGCUCCACCCUUAAACAAAAAAGAAUUUAAUUCACUACCAAAAUUAAAUAACAGUCAGCAGCUUGAUAUCUACCGACUUUUUUGCUUGCACGCCAAUUUAAAUAACAUAAUUGCCAAAAUUCCAACUACAUUAUUGAGGAUCAGCAACACAAAUCUCUGCUAUUUAGUGCAAAACAAUAAAUAUGGGGCAAUUAUUACUCGUUUAUGCUCAGAUGAAGAUUUCUUUGCUGGAGUUCCUGAGAAAAAUGGCAAUGACAAUCCUGUGUGCUGCUAUAAAGUCCUUGGGAAACGAACACAAUUUUUGUAUACAAAAGAAAGCGCAAUGAGCCUAUGAAGCUCGUCUACAGAAACUUCAGAUAAAAUGCAAAUUUUUAUACAGCCAAGGACAAAACCGUCCUCAUUGACAAGGGUGCACUGGAGAAUUGGGGGAAGGACAAAAUUUUUUUUGAUUUCUAAUAAAACAAAGCCAGUUUAUAAGAGGAAAACUGAAGAUAAGAGGACAAGGAGUAUCACAAUGACCCCGAAGAAUUUUAGAAGCACCAUGAGUUUGUCGAUUUUAAAGGGAAAUGAUAGGAAUAGUAUUGACUGUUUAACGCCCGCGACUGAAAGAUUGGUGGUGGAUCGAUGUCCUUCACUCAAAAAUUUUCGAAAUUUAGGAAAUUCAACUGAUCGAUUUUCAGCGGAAGAGCAAGUUAUAGAGACAAAUCAGAAUCCUAUUAUAAACACAAAGGUUUCAGAUGGUAUAUUGGUAAUUGAAGACACUGUAAAAGUGCCAGAAAUUGAAAGUAUGCUAGAAAAAAUUAUCAAUUUUUUGAGAAAGCAGGCUUAUAAAGAUGAAGAGCUUACUCAUUUUUUUUAUCAAAAAUAAUUUUAGCUUAUGAGGCUUAUUGAUACAGUUUUAAGAUAAUUAUUAAAUUAAUUUAUUUUAAAAAAAUAAUUAUACAGAAUUUUAGGACUUUUUAUUUUUAGUUUACGAAGAAAAGAGCUAGAGAAAUCACUUUUGAUUUUAUAUAUGGAAAAGAUAGAAAAUGAGUGUUUUUAGACUGUGUAGAGGUUUCGCUGAAAAAUAGCGAAAUUAAACUAGAGCUAGGAGAAAUCUUUAUCAUUAGUUAAUAUUAUUAAAAAGCUCAGCCGAAACCCCUUAUUUACUUUCAUUGCGCUAGACUACUAACUCGCCAGUCUGCUCAUUGCUUUGCUCUGUGCUACUCCAUCCGCUUUUAUUUUUUUCAAUAAAAGUUCUUCAAGAUACCAACCUAAGGUGGCUUAUCCUGAAGUCAGUAGGCCCGUGUCACCAUGCCGCGCAUAAACAGAUUUUCUUUCCACGGAAAAGUCGAAAAUAUAUAAAUUUCUGGUCAGAUGUUGAUAAAAUGGAAAACUUGAAGCAGCAUCACGCUAGGUAAAUUUUUCGAUUGGCCCAGAACUUCUAGUAAACUCUUUCCAGCUCGAUUCCCAUUUUUCUCAUAAGGCAAAUCUACCUCAGAAUUAGAUCUUUGGCUGAUAAGUUCAGCAUUCAGCCCGGUCUGUGUCAGCAAAAUCUUACUGGAUACAAAUCAGGCGCCUCUCUUCCUUCCUCAAGUUCCUUUAAACUAACCUACUACACGAGUUAAUAGGCCAGGCCAAUUCGCCAUGCCAUUUAAUAUAUAUUAAAUAGGAGGAAUCAAUUUAGGAGAAGUUUCACAGGUAAAACGAGCUAUCUCUUUUCCUGAUACAAAAGCAGAGACUAAUUCAGACUUUUUAAAAGCUCUGAAUAUGGAUCAAAGCCCCGAAAUCACUAUAGAAGGUGCAGUUAUGUACCCUUUUAUGAAAAAUUCUCCUCCAAGACCAUCAAAAACAAUGCAUACUCCUCAAUUGCCACCAAUCUCUAACUCAAAGCACGUAAAAAUCGAAGAAAAAUCCGACCCAGCCAUGACCUUAAAACCCUCAAAUUUAGCGAGAAUUAAAAACCUUAAGCAGCAGAGCUUCAAAGUUUACGAAAAACGGUCCUCGACCAGAAAACGUACGAUAAUUCUUCAGGACCCUCAAUUAAAAAAAUCUAAAACUGAGGAUUUUCACGAUAAAAAUGAUUUUUAUAACACUUCAAAAUCCCUAUGGGACGAUACCUAUGACGUUCAUAUAAAAAGAUGCUUUAUGGACGCAAUAAGAAAAAUCGACGAAAUGAAUAUGAAUACAGAGCUACUUAAGGUAAAAAGCCGAAAUUUGGUCGAAACUUAUGGAGGGGACGAUUUUUGAAACAAAUUUAUCAUGGCUUUAUAUAAGCGAAUUUUCUCAAGCGAGGAGCUUACUUCGUCCCUCCGUGAGCGAGCAAAAAAACCUUUAGGUGGAUUAAUUAUUUUUUUAAAAAAUAUUCAAAAUGCUUUUAAAGCAAAUAUUAAUUUAAUUUGUAAAAAUUAUGUUUUUAAUACAAACAGAAUUGCUAGAUAUUUAAUUACAAUAAUUAUCACUUUUAUAUCAAAAUAUUUUUUUUCAAAAAAAAUUCAAAUAUUAAAAAUUUUUUGUUUGGCUCACAGAAAUUGGGAUUUUUCCAAUGGUUUUGUUCGAUCACCGAGAGAUGGGAGUUAGUAAGUAUUUUUCAAGCUCAAACCUAAAAAUGAUUACCAAAGGGAUGCUGAGGGUGUUUAAUGGAUGCGCUACCUUUGAGUUUAGAAGAGAAAUAAGGCUAGCUCAUGAGAAAAUGGGGAUCACAGAAAGAGAAUUCAACCUUUAUUCUCAGCUUUUUGAAGACACCCUUACACAGUUUGGUAUUAAUGAAGUAGACAAGCACGUGAUUAUGACACAAAUCCGGUCUAUGAAAUGCUUGAUUUGUAAAGCGCAAAUGCCAUAA